AUGCCAAAGAAUAACGGACCGUUACAGAUCCGAUUGACGGAACCUGUCAUCUUUCUCAAGGGACCUUCAACAGGAUUGGAUUUUCGUGGGAGACCUCAAGCUGUCAGACAGGAUGGUCAGCCUGCCAUGGUCAGGGGUCUGUUGACUUUACGUCUGAGUAAACCUACGAGAAUAAGAAGUAUAACUAUCAAGCUUGAGGGUAAAGCUAGGACAGAAUGGCCCGAAGGUAUCGGCUCCAAAAGAAUGGACACAUACGAAGAGCAUGUGAUUCUCUCUGACCAAACUACAUUCUUCAAUGCAAUCCAUAACGACAGUUCAAGAUCCAGAUCAGCUAGGAGGGCAUUAUCCGUGGGACCAGGAGUGAGACUCGGAGGACACGAAGAUGAGGAGAUAGAUGAUGAUAAUGAUCUGAACGAUGUUCCAAGGGAUGGAGAUGAUCUGGAUGAUUGGUUGGAAAUUGGUAGACCUCGUGCCCGUGUUCCUAGAUCAAGUAGUGCUAUGCCAGGUACGCAAGACAAUCAUUCAUGGCAUAGAGAUGGGUUUUCAAGAAGACCAAGUUUCGAUACUACCCCUCAAUCUACUCGAUCAAGCUUCUUAGAUAUUCAGAAUCUCAGUAUACAAGAAAGAGGUCCAUCUCCUGCUUAUACACCUCAUGCUUCACCUCCUCGUCGAUCAUCUACUUUACCUGGUGAAACACGUCAUUCAUCUAGACCUUCAUCCCUUAGACAGAGUAACAACGCCUCUAUGUCUACCACUACGUCUCGCGAACCAGCACUUUCACCUAUCGCUUCUGCUGCACCAUCGCAGAGUACAUCGGAGAGAGGCGACAGUGCAGAAGCGGAGCAUCGAAGACCCGCACAUCAGCUUAGAAGUAACAUAUCUUCAGAUGCGGUACAAGAAGGCACAGUAUGGUCACCACACCCCCCACAAAAUGAUUCGGCGCUAGAUGAGGAGGAAGAUGAUUCUGCGGCACCCUCGCCGGCCCUAAGACCGAUCCUCAACCAACGAAGCUGUCAUAUGAGUGCAGGUGAAGUGAGAUUCCAAGAUCCGGUACACGACAGUACGCCUCAGAAUGGGAGCACAGAAGAACAAUCAGCAGCAGCAACCUCUGGAUCGACCCCUACACCUGAUCAAUCUACCCCUCCCGCGUCUGCAGUUGAUGCCUCUGUACCUCCUCCAUCCGCUGGGACAUCCAUCACUGCCGGAAAUCGAGCCGCAUCCGUCCGAACAUUCAACUCUCAGUUCUCUACAUCCUCAGCUUCUCUCGCUCUGUCUUCUCAUGAUAAUACGCCUGAAGGGUCUCACAAUACUACUCCAGGCGAAAUUCAUCCAACCGGUGUCCAAGCGGUCUCGGUGGUUAAUACCGCUCAUAAUACUCCCGUCAACUCGGCCCCUCCGUCAAUCCAUCAACGAUCUUCCACCGAAACGCUUGGCAAUAUCGCUCACGGAUCGGGCAACGAGUCUUCCAGUCCUAAUACAUCUCGUCGAACCAGUACGGUCUCUAAUUCGAAUCGUCAGACCUCGGAAACUUCCAUUCACAAUUUACCUCACCAAGAACCACUACCAACUGUCACCCGCCAAGGUCGAAGUUCGCGUACUGGAAGCUCAUCGACUAUAGUCGAAACUCCCGGUGCUGUCUCUUCUAGCUCUCAAGUGAACGUCCCUUCCUCCCUCCGAAACGCAUCUCGUCCUCAGCGAUCAGCUAGCGGUACUCCCUCGUUGUCGUCUGCACCAAGCUUACAACAUCUACGAGCGUCAUCAAGUACCCAUCGAGAACCCAGCGAAGAUGGUCGAGGGAGGAAGAGCUCAAAAUUCAGUCUUGCAGCUACCUUGAGAGGGAUAAGCAGGGAUGUGAAAGAGACUUUCCACCAUCAUCACGGUCGAGGUUCAUCCAAGAGUAGAUCGAGGAUGUCUAGUCCGGUUAGAUCGGGAGCGGGAGCGGGCGAUAGUGGAUUUAGUGGUUUUAGUGAUCGACCUUCAUUACAGGAUGGAUCAUCUUCCAGUCAAAGUAUCAGUAUGUCUAUGACGGGUAGUGGAUCGGGAUAUGGACCGGGCGAUACCAUUCGACAAAGAGCGGGAAGUAGAAACCCCUCUUAUAGACAGGACGACUUCCAACCUUCCUAUGGACGUGGUGGGGCCGGUUCGAUUUCAACAAGUAGAAGAAGUAGGUCGAGGGAUAGGGAUCCGAGUGUGGCGAGAGUGAGAGAUGGUGAAUCUAGAGAAAGAAGUAGAAGUAGAGCGAGAGGUAGACAUAUGGGUAUGAAGGUUUUGACGGAUAAGUUGGGAUUGGGCGAACAUGAAGAUCAUCAUGGUGAGGAUGUACAUAAUUGGAAAGAAUUCAGGAAAGGAACGUACAAUUACCCCAUCUCAUUUCCUAUUCCCGUCAAUGCCCCUCCAACUAUCCAUGCUGAAUUUGGAUCAGUGACCUAUAGGCUGAAAGCCAGUGUGGUCAGAGUAGGUGCCCUGACACCUAAUUUGACGGAAGAUAUGGAGAUCACAAUGAUUGCUCAACCUCAGGAAGAUGAUAUGGAAGAGACUGAGAAUGUCAUCGUGGAAAGACAGUGGGAGGAACAGAUGAGGUAUCAAAUCACGUUGGGUGGAAAAGCCUUCCCUAUAGCUGGUACCAUACCGAUAAGUCUCAGGUUGAUGCCUUUGCUCAAAUGUAAGAUACAUCGGUUGACGGUCGCGCUGGAGGAAAAAACCGAUUACUUUGCACAAGAACGUAAAGUCGCACGACACGAGACACCGAAACGAUUCGUAUUGCUGUUUAUCAAACAACCGGAUCACAAAGAACGUAUAGAACCUUUAUUACCUAUCAUCUCCGAUGAUCCUAAUGCCGCCGAACAAUCACCUAUCGCUGAGAUGGCUCGACAAGCGGUGCUCAACAAUCCACCAAUGGACGUAUUUGAUCUGGAGAGAGAUCCGAAUGAUACAAUGUAUGCCCAGUUGAUGGAACCCACCGGUCCAUGGCAUUUGGAAAAAGAGCUGCACGUACCGGACUGUGCAUCCAAGAUUAAAUUUACGACCAAACAUGAACAGACCAAUAUAACUGUUGGACAUUGGCUCAAGGUUACUAUCAGAGUUGAAAGGGGGGACGAUGUAGCUUUGGAUUCGAAAGGAAGAAGAAAACAAUUUGAUAUUAUCAUUGAAACACCAAUCAAAAUUUUAGAUUGUCGAGUGAACCCUCAAUGGAACUCUUUACCUACCUAUAGUGUACUCAAUAGAGGAGUCAUGUCUACACCUGGAGUAUGUUCCAUUCACGGAACGAAAUCUACCACCAGCACAAAUACCAGUAAUAACGCUUCAUUGAGAAAUGACAAUACCAUAUCGACAUCAUCGACUAUCGUCCAAUCUGAUCCUCAUGCUCACGCUGCCCAUCGAAGAGGAACGGUCGAUCAGGUUGGUGGACCAAGCGGAGAGAAUGGCGAAGAUACCUUAUUAGAAAGAAAUAUAGUAUAUGACAGGUUGAUGUCUGGACAACAGACUGAGACGGGUGAAGUUCCUCCUUCGUACGGCGAGGCUACUGCUGGUGAAUCAUCUACAAGAGGAAGAGGCAGACAAGCUAUCUCGAGGACUGUAGAGCAAGAAGAUCAUGAUCAUGGACAGAUUGUGUUUAAUACGAGAGGGUCGAAUAGUAGAAGUAGAUCAAGAUUGGGUUUGAGAGAUUGA